AUGCUCGCCUACACAUUCAACACCCUCAAAAUGAAUCCAUCGCUCUCGCAAAAGUCCUCACCAUCCCCCUCCUCUGCGACGAAAUCCCGUACCUGGCACCAAGCCUUCUCGCCCAUCCUCUGGGCAAACCUCUCCUUCGUCAACCAGUACACCGUCUCCCUCUUCCGCUCCUCGCCGCAAAUCCAAGCCGCCAUCCUCCGACACGCGCCCCAUGUCCGGUCGAUCCACAGCGUCUUUUGUUAUACCUUCGAGUCCCUCCCUGUGCAGGUUAACUUGUUCCAGAACCUGACUCGGCUCGAUUCACUUGCGUCAGAACUGCACAACAAGGGGAUUGUCGACCAUACGAAUGCAGUUCGUCUACUGCAAUUUAUUAAAGUGAACACCAGUUUGAGGGAGAUCAGAUUGACAGUUUUCCCAUUGGCGAAUGAGAGCGUGUCGGAGUUGUUGGGCGCCACGCUUGCGAGCCAUCCGGGGCUGGUCUCGGCGACGAUCACUUGCUUUACGGAGGCGCAUUUGAGGGGGGUCAGGCAUGUGUUGAGGGGUGCUGCUUUGGGUCGAUUGGAGUCUUUGAGGUUGACUUGUCGGGGGAACCACAGUAGCAGUGCCGCGUUCAGUACUUCGUCAACAGCAUCAACAUCAACAGCGACAGCAAGGACGACAAUUGAUCAGGAGCAGGACGAGGGGAUGGAAGCGCUCUUACCAGAGGGACAUGUCGCACGGCACUUCAAGGAACUUCGUGUCGACGCCGAGCUGCAGCACAUCUAUCACCUCACCAUCCUCCCGCUUCUGCGACACUGCCCCAACCUAGAAUCCCUCCUCGUCACAGGGCUGGACAUGACUCGAUCAAUGCAAAUGCAAGGGCUAUGUCAAGUCCUCGAGGGAACUGCCACAAGGCUCCGUCACCUCACUCUCGCAUGCUCCUCUUCCUCCUCUUCCACAUACGACAACAACGGUCAUGACGAACAACACUCGGCAAGGCUACUGGAAGCAUGUCAGACAGAUCGCCUCCAAUCCCUGGUUGUCCAGAGUGGACUCUUUAUCGGCCGCCACUCUAUCCGAGCAUUGUUAUCAUUUUCGCGACAGCAUCGGUUCACGCUUCAGGAACUGGAUUUCGAGAACUGUCGGGGUGGGAGUGUGGAGAGCAAAGAUCUGCAGUUGAUUUUGACGUCGUGUCCGAAUUUGAUCACCUUCUUGGCCAUGGCACCUCCUGGACGGACAGCAGGAUCAAGCAACAGCAGCAGUACGACAGGUGGCAAUGGCGGUGGCGGUGGCGGUGGAGGCGGUGGUAGCAGGAAUUCUGGUGCGGAUAUGAGGAUCAAUAUCAAGGAUUUGCCGAUAGGGAUGGGCAAUAGGCCGGCAUGGGUUUGCCUCCGUCUUCAGCGUCUCAGCAUCGGGUUCUCGGGGUUCUUGUCUCUGAACCGGUCCAACUUGCGGACAUCGUUGUCCAAUUAUUUGACCAGCACCGACAAUAAUGGAGUACCUGUUGUUACUGGGGUCAACAUUGGUGAGAGUUCUGGUACAAGCAUCAAGAUUUAUGUUGACCAUAUCUACUCACAACUGGCGCUGCUGACCGAACUCCGGACACUACACCUCGGAGGCGAGAUUGAACCUGUGUCAGGACCUGGAUCAGCGACAGCAGCAGCAUACGCAUCCGCCUUUCCGACUGGCCAAUCCUCCUUCGACUUGACUAUGCGCUCGGGACUCACUCGCCUGGAGACACUUUCACAGUUACAGGAACUUGAUGUGCAAAGGCUUUGGCAUCACCGGAUCUCUGCUCGCGAAUGUGCGUGGAUGGCACGGUCGUUUCCUUGUCUCCGGACCUUCCGAGGUAGUACUUCUGCUGUGUUGAUGGAUGAUUCAGAAGCUGGUGCAGGCAGUUGGGGAGGGGGGGUGAAGAAACCGGUGUUUGUGAGGGAGAUGAAGAGGUUGUGUCCGAAGGUUGAAGUCUGGGUUGGUUCUCAGCGCACAUAA